AUGGCGAAGAAGGGCGGGGCCGAGGGCAAUAGCAAGAAGGCGGCGGGCCAGGCUCGCAAGGCCGAGGCUGCUUCCAAGAAGGUUGCGGCUGCUGAUGCCGAGCGUGAGGCGCUUGAAUCGAGCAAGUGGGAUAAGGGAGCGAAGAGCAACGCUAAAAAGGAAGCCGAAGCUGAGAAAAAGGCGGAGGCUGCGCGCAAGAAAGCCGAACGCGAGGCUCUGCUCGCCGAGGAAGAGAAAAACACGCCGGGUCGGUCGGCGCCCAAAAACUCGAAGGCGGCGGUCAAGAAGACCAGGGGCCUGGAUUUGUCGCAGCUCGACGACCAUGGCGGGGGCUUGUCAGCACUCAACGCCUCCGGUAUCGAUAACGCGCUGGACGCCCUCUCGCUGACGUCCAAGUCCGACGCCACCAAGAUUGACCGGCACCCUGAGCGUCGGUUCAAGGCCGCGUACGCUGCAUUUGAGGAGCGCCGGCUGGGCGAGAUGGAAUCGGACGGUACCGGUGCGGGCCUACGGCUGAACCAGAAGAAGGAGAAGAUCAAGAAGGAGUUUGAGCGUAGCCCGGAGAAUCCAUUCAACCAGGUCAACGCACGGUAUGACACAUCCAAGGAGGAGCUCGCGCAGCUCAAGGACCAGGAGCGGAGCAAGAUCGAGAGCCGCCUUGCGUCGAAAUGA